CUGAUUUUCUCCCAUCAUGACUUUUGAAGGGUAAAUAACAAUUGUUUCAUUGAAGGGGAGAAUUUUAGCUUUCCAGAAAUAUUAUUGUUUUAGGAAAAUAGAGCUUCUGAUGAUGUCAAAGUAAAAAUAUCCUACAUGAAAGUAAGAGAGAGAAUAAACAUGAUUGUUUCUAGUUUAAGGUGUAGUUACAAGUGAAGUGUCCUGUUCACAUCAGUUCAAAAGAUGGACUGAAGAGACCACCUGGGAGCUUUGUGGGAGAGACGGCAGAUCAGCUCAAUCAGAUCGCACAACUGAAAGAUGUCAACUCUGCAAUGAGAGGGUUGCAUGAAAUAUUCUGCAUUCUUCUGAUUGGACAAAACAGAUGAAAAGGAGCUUCAUGUCAAAUUAAAUAAUCAUUAGUCUCAUGUGGAAUUCUCAUCUGGUCACAUUUUUGUCAACUAAAAUGAAAACUAAUUGUUACAGUUAUGUUUUUUUCCCAGGGCGUCUCGUUAUCAUAGCUUUAGUCAGGAAAAAUAAGUCGUCAAGUAUUUUUUGUCAUAGUUAUUGUUGCGAAAUUUACACUGGUGCUAGAAUUGCAAGAAGUUAGCUUUUAAGUGGCAAAAGGCCUCUAUGCACAAAGGAAACAUGUGUAGAAUUACAAGUAAUGAGCUUUUCUUCUCUCAUGCUAAGAGGGGGCCUUUAAAGAUGUUAUUCCCGGGGCCCAGACCUGAAGUCAUAGUAAAACUGCUUGUAUGCUAUUUAUAGUCCACUCUGAAGUAGGACUUGUGUUCUGAUAUUAUGAGGUGUUCCCUGAUGAAUUUGCUAUCACAAAAGGGGUCCCCACGCAAAAAACAAUUUGGGAACCCUGUGCUAAAGAAAUGCUGUUGUGGCCAUUAGGGUCGGACGGGUCCUCCAGGUCUCACGGGGCGCCAGGGACCAGCCGGGUGGCCAGACCAAAUGGGCCCAAGGGGGAGAAGGGAGAUGGUGGAUUGAUGGGAAUACCUGGAGCAAGAGGACCUCUUGGACCUAAGGGUUUACCUGGAUACAAAGGAGAAAAGGGUUCCCGUGGUGACCGUAGUGAGAGCGGGAUGAAGGGAGACAAGGGCACAAUGGGCUUCCCUGGAAUGCUUGGACAGAAAGGUGAAAUGGGUCCAAAGGGAGAACCUGGAAUCUCAGGGAAUAGAGGACCGACGGGCAGACCAGGGAAGAGGGGCAAACAGGGAGGGAAGGGCGACAAUGGGAUUAUCGGCCCUCUAGGUCCAGCAGUCUCAGGGGCCCCAGGCCACCCUGGUCCCCCAGGUCUCCCAGCUCAGAUUUCUUGUUCAGGAMUCUACGUGGUUGGAACGAAAGGUGAGAGGGGGCUACCAGGUCUUCCUGGACCUUGCAGCUGUAACUCCAUUAGUGUCAAGAGUCCACAGUUUGAUGAACAUAGUUCCAGGAGCGACUACGCCAAAGUGCCAGCGAUAUUUGUGGUAAACAAUCAAGAAGAACUAGAUCGUCUUCAUACGGACAAUGCCCUAGCCUUCCGGAAAGACCAGAGAUCGCUUUACUUCAAAGACACCAACGGAUGGCUGCCCAUUCAGCUGACGCCUUUCCAGUCUACGGAGAAUGCUCCGGAACAGGAGGGUUACUGUGGCGACGGGAUCGUUCAGAUUCCCAACGGGGAGGAAUGUGACGACGGGAAUAGGAUUGUCACCGACGGCUGCGUCAAGUGUAAACAUGCUUACUGUGGAGAUGGUUAUCGCUAUGACGGUGCCGAGGAAUGUGAUGGAAAGGACUUUGGCUAUCAGACAUGCAACUCAUAUCUCCCAGGGUCUUAUGGUCGUCUCAGAUGCACUCCGUACUGUGUCAUUGACUCUACAAACUGCAAGUAUUUUACAUGAGGAGGAACCUGGACACAGCAGUGGGAUGCUUCUUGUCUUGUUUGCUUUGGUACUGAACAGGAUGACGGUAAUGCAAAACAAAGAUCAACAACAACACUGCAAACAAGAGACUCAAAAAGGAAGUGUUGACAAACUGGACUAAACCUGA